AUGGCCAAAUCCGCAGACUUGGAGAACAACAGUCGGGACGUGCCCCUGCACAACGGCGUCGUGUCUGACACGCACGACCUCCAUCACGACCGGCACGACCCUGACCAUGCGUUGAACACCAUCCGCACGGCGGGUAGCGUUUCAAUCAGCGCCGAGCUGUUUGAGAAGAUAUACUUGACGCCCAAAAACCGCGUGUCAAACAACAUCCGCUCGACGUUUGGGAAUCCCACACCUCUCUGCCUCGUCGGCUUCUUAUUGUGCGUCACCCCCUUGUCCAACGUGCUGAUGGGGUGGAGGGGCGCAGGAGGAUUGGGCGCCGCUGAAGUAGGAGCAUACUACUUCUUUGGAGGCCUCCUUAUGAUUAUCGGCUGUGUCUUCGAGUUGAUCCUGGGAAAUACGUUCCCUUGCGUCGUCUUUGCCUCAUUUGGCGCCUUCUGGCUCACAUUCGCCGCGACCUUGACGCCUUUCUACAACGCUUCGAUCGCCUAUCAACCCGAUGACCCGGCCACCGCGGCGUCGAAUCCUAUGUUCACGGCAACAUUCGGCUACUUUCACCUCUACAUGGGUCUUCUGUGCCUUAUCUAUCUGUUCUGCUCGCUCAGGACUAAUAUCGUCUUUGUCUCCAUCUUUGCCACCCUCGUCCCGGCCUUUGGCUGCUUGACUGGCUAUUUCUGGAAAGCGUCGCAGGGCAUCGACGCUAAUAACCUCCUGGUAGCCGCCGGGGCCAUCACCUUUGUCACCAGUCUCCUCGGGUGGUACUUGCUUGUGAUCCAGUUGUUGGUUGCGGUGGACUUUCCGCUCUCGUUGCCUGUGAGUGAUCUCAGCCAUUUGAUCCGCGGUGCGAGCGACCGGACCAAGGAGACAUGA